CCCCUUCCUUUCUCUUAGGGAAGAGUUGCCCAGAGGACGUGCCCACUUAGCUCCGCCCCUCCAAGCUGUAAGUUGCUGGGACGGAUUCUCCUGUGCGCGGUCGUCCGUUGGGUGCCAUCUGUGGCGUCGUCGGUCAGUCUAAGGCUGAGAGACAUAUCUUGAAAGAAGUUGCUGUGGCUGAUGUCGAAGAGGUUACUGCCUAUGUUCUCCUCUAGGAUUCUGAUGGAUUCCUUUCUCACAUUGAGGAACCUGAAUCUUGAAUUUUCUGAGGACAGCAUCUAGGCUUCAGAGUUCUUACCAGCUAAUUUGAGUUUGGUUCAUAUCAUCUGCAAACAAAAUGUAAAUUGAGCUUAUGAAAUGGGGCCAGCAUAUGUGGAUUUUCACCAGCAAGACCUUGCUUCAAAGAAGGCUGUCCCUUUGCAAGGCAGUAGACCAGCAGCUGUAAUCCGCGGCCGUCCUGUCACACCUUCAUCAUGUUUCCCUUGACCAGAAAUGCACUGAAUCAGUUCAAGAUUCGAAGCAUUCAACAACUCAGGUCAAGGCAGAGUCACAAAAAUCAUUCUCAAGAUUUCCAUGAUAGAUACGGUAACACUGUAUUAGCCAGUGGGACGGCUUUCUGUGUUGUUGCAUGGUUGUUCACGGCCACACAGAUUGGAAUAGAAUGGAACCUGUCUCCAGUCGGCAGAGUCACCCCAAAAGAAUGGAAUGAUGAGUAACCAUCAAAGUUACUGUAAUACAAAAUUGUUUCAAAAUUAACUUGUUACUUAAGCACUCUGCUGCUCAUUAAAUAUAACAUAAUUGAAGAAAUAAAAUACAUU